CGAAAAAAAGUCAGUUCAGAUAUCAGUCCUUCACUCCCGUGAUUGACACGAGGAGGAACUAUUUUAAAGAACACAGCCUUCCAAUGGACGGAAACAUACCUAUUUUGGUUCAAACCUCUGGCAAAUCUCGCCGAAAUUCAGGAUGUUAUCUACCCUGUCGAUACGUGCUAGCAAUGUUGGCUUGCGCAGGUUUUUCUGUGGUAUAUCUGUUAAGAGUGAACUUGAGUGUGGCUUUGGUUGCAAUGGUUAAUUCGACUUACGCCAAUUCGAAGGCUUCCGCGAAUAAUCCUGAAUGUCAAAGAAACACAUCAAAAACAUCUGAAGAAAAGGAUGGAGAGUUUCAGUGGGAUCAAGUGACACAAGGACUCAUCUUGGGGUCAUUUUUUUAUGGUUAUAUUAUCCCUCAAGUGCCAGGUGGCUGGCUGGCUGCACGAGUUGGGGCCAAGUAUUUAUUUGGUUUUGGAGUACUUUGUACAGCAGUGUUAACAAUGUUUACUCCUGCUGCAGCAAAUCACAGUGUUGAGAUGCUGAUUCUAGUCAGAAUAUUGGAGGGGCUUGGCGAGGCUGUGACAUUCCCAGCCAUGCAUGCCAUGUGGAGUAACUGGGCUCCACCUUUAGAGAGAAGCAAGCUUUGUACCUUGUCCUAUUCAGGCCUUAGUAUUGGGACAGUUAUUGGCUUGCCAUUUGCUGGUUUACUGUGUUCAUCUGAUCUUUGGGGAGGAUGGCCAUCUGUAUUUUAUAUUUUUGGUAUGUUGGGUAUUCUUUGGUUCAUUCUUUGGAUGAUCUUAGCUCAUAAUAAACCCGCAAAUCACCCCAGCAUAUCUGAGAUGGAAAAAGAUUACAUUAUAUCAAGUAUAGGUUCUGGACAGGACGACAAGAAAAGAAAUUUUCGCACACCUUGGCGUUAUAUAUGGACGUCACCAGCUGUCUGGGCCGUUAUUGUGGCACACUUUUGUAACAAUUGGGGGUUUUAUACUUUUCUUACCUGCUUGCCCUCCUACUUUAAAGAAGUUCUUAAUUUUCCAAUUUCGAAGAAUGGUUUUGUUUCUGCCAUUCCAUUUUUAUUAUAUUUUUUUGUUAUGGUUGGUGGGGGACAAGUGGCAGAUUGGUUGCGGUACAGCCAAAUAUUAACAACUGGAGAGGUUCGCAAAUUAUUUGCUACAGGAGGUUUCCUCAUCCCUGCGUGUCUUAUGGUGUCAACAAGUUAUGUUGGCUGUGAGGACACAACUCUAGCUGUUGUUUUGUUUUCAAUUGCUCUUGGAUUGUUAGCGCUUAAUGCUUCUAGCUACAACGUCAACCACUUGGAUAUUGCCCCAAGAUAUGCAGGGAUCCUCAUGGGAAUCACCAACUCAGCAGCUACAAUACCUGGGAUAGUUGGACCCUACAUUGUUGGUUAUUUAACGAACAAUGAGCCAACGAGGACACAGUGGCAGAAAGUAUUCUAUAUAACUGCUGGCAUUUUUGUUGUUGGCUGGAUUGUUUUUCUACUUUUGGGAAGUGGCAAGCAGCAACCAUGGAACACUCCAUUUGAGGACUUGUUGGUGCCCAUUGACAUUCCCAGGGAGCCAAGAAAACCUGUCUUAACUGAUAUUCUUUCAGUCAGCAAUCCAGAAUCUCCCUCAUCUCCUGGAGUGGAAUAAUUAUGUUUUUCUGCCUGCUCUUCACACGCUUAUCUGAGGAGAAUACCUUCUAUAUUUUUUUAGAGUUUAGGUUAGGUGCUCAAUCUUCCCAUAGUCUUUUUUUUGGGGGGGGGGGUGUGGGGGAGUGGGUAAAGUUACACAUGGUGAUAGAAUGAAUCUGGGAGUGAUUCAAUCGCUCAGAUUGUUUGACAUAAUCAGAAUAUCACUAAUUAUUGUGUACAGUUUGUUCUAAACACAAAACCAAAAUUUUAAAGAGUGUAAUGAUAUUAAACAAAUGUCAAAUUUUAAUUGUACAUCUUUCUUUUUUUAACUUUUGGUUGUCAGUGUAAAAAUUGUAGGAUGCUGAAUAAUUUUGACAUGGUGAUAAAUGAUGGUUUUUUUAAUGACACAAAAUUUAUUAUUAAUAACUAAGGAUGACAAUUUUUUGGAAAGGGUUCAAUUAUACUAUAAAUAUAAUAUUUGCAACAUCAGUGUAUGUCAGUACAAAUAAAAUUCUAUGGACAUCUCAAA